CGGAGCCUGCACUACACUCCCGGGAGGCCGUGCACGGCCGGCCGGUCACGUGACGGGAGCGCGGGCUUUGGAAGGCGGCGGAGUGAGAGGUGAGCGGCGGCCAGGCUGAGAAGGGAUUGCAGUUUGGGAUUGUCCUGGGGAACGCUACGCCAAGGGGAGGGCUCCGAGGUGUCGUGCCCCAAAAGGCAGCUGUUCCUCCUCUGGUAUUACCAUGGGGAUUCAAGGCUUGGCCAAACUAAUUGCUGAUGUGGCCCCCAGUGCCAUCCGGGAGAAUGACAUCAAGAGCUACUUUGGACGCAAGGUGGCCAUUGAUGCCUCUAUGAGCAUUUAUCAGUUCCUAAUUGCUGUUCGCCAGGGUGGGGAGGUGCUACAGAACGUGGAGGGUGAAACCACUAGCCACCUGAUGGGCAUGUUCUACCGCACCAUCCGCAUGAUGGAGAACGGCAUCAAGCCUGUGUAUAUCUUUGAUGGCAAGCCGCCACAGCUCAAGUCAGGUGAACUGGCCAAACGCAGCGAGCGGCGGGCUGAGGCAGAGAAGCAGCUGCAGCAGGCUCAGGCUGCUGGGGCUGAGGAAGAGGUGGAAAAAUUUACCAAGCGGCUGGUGAAGGUCACUAAGCAGCACAACGAUGAAUGCAAACAUCUGUUGAGCCUCAUGGGCAUACCAUACCUCGAUGCACCCAGUGAGGCAGAGGCCAGCUGUGCUGCCCUGGUGAAGGCUGGUAAAGUCUAUGCUGCGGCCACCGAGGACAUGGACUGCCUCACCUUUGGCAGCCCUGUGCUAAUGCGACACCUGACUGCCAGUGAGGCCAAGAAGCUACCCAUCCAGGAAUUCCAUCUGAACCGGAUUCUGCAGGAGCUGGGCCUGAACCAGGAGCAGUUUGUGGAUCUGUGCAUCCUGCUGGGCAGUGACUACUGUGAGAGUAUCCGGGGCAUUGGGCCCAAGCGGGCUGUGGACCUCAUCCAGAAGCACAAGAGCAUCGAGGAGAUUGUGAGGCGGCUUGACCCCAACAAGUACCCCAUACCAGAAAAUUGGCUCCACAAGGAGGCCCAUCAGCUCUUCUUGGAGCCUGAAGUGCUGGACCCAGAAUCUGUGGAGCUGAAGUGGAGUGAGCCAAAUGAAGAAGAACUGGUCAAGUUCAUGUGUGGUGAAAAGCAGUUCUCUGAGGAGCGAAUCCGCAGUGGGGUCAAGCGGCUGAGCAAGAGCCGACAAGGCAGCACCCAGGGCCGCUUAGAUGAUUUCUUCAAGGUGACUGGCUCGCUCUCUUCUGUUAAGCGUAAGGAGCCAGAACCCAAGGGAUCCAUUAAGAAGAAGGCAAAGACAGGGACGGCAGGGAAGUUCAAAAGGGGGAAAUAAAUGUGCCCCUCCCCCAUUAAUACCUCCUUGACCUCAGAAUAUUUGUCUUGUACCCUCAAGAGCUAGAGCUAGAGAAACCUCCAUGGGGGUGUGGAGGAGAGUCCAUUGCUUUACUAAUAAUAUCCUUCUCAGUAUGCUUUUCCUUUUUUUUGCAGUUUUUGGCAGGGGCUGGGUUUGAAUCCACCACCUCUGGUAAAUGGGGCCAGUGCCCUACUCCUUGAGCCACAGGUGCCAUCCUUUUUCUUUCUUUUUUUUUUUUUUGCUUUUCCAUUUUUUACUUGUUAAUGGCAGGGAGGCCACAGAAGUACUUUGUUUUCUCUCUUAGCUCAGGAAAGUAUGUCAGGCUCAAACACAAACCACUUCUUAGGCAGCUUAAUGGACACUGAAUCCAUUGUUACUGAGAUCGAUAGCAACAAGUCUUAGAGAAGGGAGAGGGAGAUACGUACUGGAGACAAAAGACUGUAUGGAAAUGAUUUCCUGCCUGGCCAACUGAUGACCAGUGAGAGAUGAUUGUGGAUCCAGACUGUGCUUUUCUCUCCAGCUCAGCCUUGACACUUAAGAGUCGUCAGGAAGACCCAGUCUUAACAUGGGAAAAGUGCUGAGAGAUACGACAGGCAGAGAGCCAUAGCCCUCAGAGGUGGCAGCAAGGAUUUAAUUAUUGGAUAUGUCUUGGUGUGGACAGAAACUUGAACUUGCUAUGUAGUUUGAGGCUGUACAGUUGGUUAUUCAGAGGAAUAAGGUGGUGAUGUUUCGGCCUUUCUGAGGCAAUCACCUGAGUUGAAACUUUGGGAUAAUACACUGGUUUUCAUGUACUGUUUUUGUUUUCAAGUUAUGAAGAGAAAAAAGCCAAUAAAUUUAUAAAA